ACUAGCCGGGCCGGAUCCCGCGCCGCCCGGUCCUGGCUCCGGCUCCGGGCCGUGCCGCCUGGGAGCGACACCCUGCCCGGGGCCGAUCUGGGACCUCCCGGCAGUAUCAUGCCGGCGGGGCCCGGGACCGGCCCCAAACUUUCCCAAGCCUCAGCUUCUGCUUUCGAGAAGUUGGCAUGCUAACAGUACCUGGAGGGGGUGUUAAGAAGGUCGCGACUCGGGCUGGGGACGUGAGCAGCACAGGGUGCCCCGGGGUGGCUUCACCUCCUGCCCCAGACAGGCCUCGCCGGAGACCCUUGAAGUAUAGAAACUAAGGGAGAGGGUGCGGGUGAUAACGUUCAACCAGAGCCAGAGACCAGACUCUGGACGCCUGGGUGAGGAGCUCUUCGUACCUAAGUCUCCUCUAACUCCGACCCAGCGACUUUUAUUUGGCCUAGACAGUGCCUUUACAAGUUGCCAACAUUUAAAAAUUGACAGGUUUCGUAUUUUCAAAAUCGUUUAGAGUUGCUUCUGAAAAAUCGGAAGGCCUAGCCACACGCAGUUUUUCCCAUCGUAGCAUUAUUGUGCAAGGUCCAAGUACUUUUUCUAUUGUUCUCUGCCCUGCCGAAACGCUCCUCUCUGGGCAGGAACUAGAUUAUGCGCCCACCUCAUUUUUGCUGGGAUGGUAGCUUUGGGAAGACUGUAGGCUGCUAUGGAAAAUGAGAAAUCUCAGAAACUCUAGGGGUGGGAGAAUAGUUCCUCCUCCUCCCACCUGUAAUCAGAUGAGGCCCAUCUGAGUGACAGUGGCUGGCCUUCUCUCCCCUCCUAGGGGAUCUCCUUAGAGAUCUGGAUAACCAGGCAAGAUUCAGGCCAGGGUGACACUGUAAAUUUUCCAGAACCCUUGUGCAAUUCAGGUGUAGAGGGUGGAAGGUGUUCUUGGGGGCGAGUAACUACGGCUGCUGGAGUGUUUUUGCUGUUAAUGACAGAAGUGCCAGUGUGUGCACCCUACCUCACCCCAGCCAUGGCCCCGGUCAGCAUCAACGAACUCCCUGAGAACAUCCUGCUGGAGGUGUUCACGCACGUGCCCGCCCGCCAGCUGCUCCUGCGCUGUCGCCUGGUCUGCAGCCUCUGGCGAGACCUCAUCGACCUGGUGACCCUCUGGAAGCGCAAGUGCCUGCGUGAGGGCUUCAUCACCGAGGACGGGGACCAGCCUGUGGCCGACUGGAAGAUCUUCUACUUCCUACACAGCCUCCACAGGAAUCUCCUACGCAAUCCAUGUGCCGAAGAGGAUAUGGCUUCCUGGCAGAUCGAUUCCAACGGCGGAGACCGCUGGAAGGUGGAGAGCCUCCCCGGAGACCACGGGACGGACUUUCCCGACUCCAGAGUCAAGAAGUACUUUGUCACAUCUUUUGGGAUGUGCCUCAAGUCCCAGCUGGUGGACCUCAAGGCCGAGGGCUACGGGGAGGAGCUGCUAGACACGUUUCGGCCUGACAUCGUGGUUAAGGACUGGUUCGCCGCCAGAGCAGACUGUGGCUGUACCUACCACAUCCGCGUACAGCUGGCCUCAGCCGACUACAUCGUCCUGGCCUCCUUCGAGCCCCCGCCCGUGACCAUCGAUCAAUGGAACAAUGCCAAGUGGACGGAGGUCUCGUACACUUUCUCAGAUUACCCUCCAGGCGUCCGCCACAUCCUCUUCCAGCACGGGGGCAAGGACACCCAGUUCUGGGCAGGCUGGUAUGGGCCCCGCGUCACCAACAGCAGCAUCGUUAUCAGCCCGAAGAUGACUAGGAACCUGGCCCCCUGCACAGCUCUGCCUGAGACCACAGAGGGGUAGGAGAAGGUUGUCUGCCUGCCCUCCUUCCCUCACCUCAGAAGGCCCUUCUGACAGCCCGUCAUUUGAUAGCCAUUCAUCCGUCCUCUGUCUGGGCCAACUGACUGCCAGAGGUCUCCUCCGGCGGAGCGUGUAGCCGGCAGCGAGGGCCCCUGCCCUGGAGCUCCUGCCCCAGUUCCAACCUUGGGGAAACCCACCAGUUUGUGGGAGCCCCCAGUCAUGUGCUCUGACAUUUUCUCACAAUAAAUGUUUUCCGUAAAACCA